AAAAUCAGUCCCAGUCUGUCUUCUCGCAGCCUAGUUUUAAGGCUCCUAGUACAGUCUUUCAACAAAAGACAGAAAUAAGGAAACUGAGGAGGCGUGAUUCUGAUUGUGAUUAAUUCCAGGAAAAAUAAUAUGGAUAUUAGUAUAUUAUAAGCAUAAGGAGUAUCGAUUUCGAUAUCCUACCAACUUGGUUACAAGCAUAUCCAAGCGGUUACAGCAUUCUUGGUGUUAACAGGCUCGGACUCGGACUGCCCUAAUUCUCGUACCUCAACGGCAGCUCCGUCUGCCGUAGCACCGUCCAAGCAGAGGUCAAAAGCCUCAACCUUACGCAACUUCUCCUGGAAAACAGGAGCCCUCCUUCGUGAGCGAACAGCGGACACUGCGGCACCGGUCUCGCCUUUGGACCAUCCAAACCCAAGCCCGGCGGAAACAUGCGAGGGAACGAGUUGUAGCCUUUCAUUUUGCUGUUUCUCUUUCAUCUCUAGUAUCUAAGUAUAAUACAAAUAGUAACGGGUUCUCUCUUCCUUCUCUUGUUGUUAGCAAAAAUAAGACAAAGAGGCAUCAUCUUCAUACGAUUAUACAUAGCAAUGUUAUUCAGACGAGCCCCGAACCACCAUCUUCAUCUCAACCAUCUAACUUUUCGCAGAUAGCGUCUGCGGUGCUUCUGUUUCAGUAGCCUCUGGCUUUGGAGAUGGUCAAGAUUCUGUUGAAAUCAACACGCGGCGCCGAAAUGCAGAUGUCAACUCUCGAGCUGAGCAUCAAUAUUCAAGGUCGGCUAGUCGUGGCACCGCGUUUCCAUGUCGGACACGUACUUUCGGGCGAGCCACGACUCCUAUAGGAAAUGGCAAUUUCGAUCAUAGAGCUGGUGGAAGUGGUGCUGGUGGAAAUGCACAAGAACCAGUUCUUGACGUGAGCAAUCAACAUCAACAUAUUUUUAGAAAAAACUCGUCGUUUGCGAGUGCGACGCCUCCAGUACCCUAUCUUCAAGGCCUAGGCGCAGAAGGCGGCAGAACACCUCCUGCGCCACUGUUAUUAGCUGGAGGCAAGAAAGUCACAGUGCGUCCGUUUAAAACGUCGUACGGCACUUCUACACCAGCAGCUCCAAGUCCAGUAGCUGGACCAUAC